AUGCCAAGAGAACUCAUUGCACCGGCACAAGAACAGGUCGCUUUCCGAGAAUAUGAAAGCCCACCCUUACAAGCAAAUGAAAUUCGGGUCAAGAGCCAGUUUGGUGCAGCCAAACACGGUUCAGAGAUGGCAUCAUAUAAGGGUUAUGCAGGCCCACGCGGUGGCUACGAUUCAGAAUAUAAGGUCUUUCAAGGUAACACCUCCGGAAUGGUGCGCUAUCCCUCAGGACUCGGCAAUAUAUGUGUUGGCGAGGUAACUGAGAUUGGCGCGGACAUUACCGAACUUGAGGUCGGAGAUCGAGUUUUUCGGCACAGCUCCUUUCGCGAGGAAAAUGUUUGGGGUGCUGCAGGUGUCCGUAAACUUCCUGAUGGUGUGCCUUGGCAGGCAGCCACCUGUCUUGAUCCGACAGAUUUUGCUCUCGGCGCGGUGCGCGACGGGCAUGUCCGCAUUGGUGAUGCCGUGGCAGUCUUUGGAAUGGGUGGCAUUGGACUGAUGGCACUGCAGCUUGCCAAGUUGGCGGGUGCCUACCCUGUAAUUGGUGUCGAUCCGCUCGAGUUGCGCCGCAAUGUAGCCCUCGAAUGUGGUGCUGAUAUGGUUAUUGACCCUACAACAGAUGAUGCCGGUUUGGAGAUUAAAAAGCCACCAACAAGCGUGGUGCUGAUGUUUGUAUUGAAUAUAGCGGUCAUCAUACGGCACUACAAGCGGCUAUCCGCGGCGUGA